GCUGGAUGUAUAUAUAUCAGUGAUGGUGAUCACUCAAAAUGUCCUUUUAAGAUCAUCAACUUCACAAACUUCACAAACGCACCCGGAAAUUUCCAAGUUAUCUCUCAAUUCAUUAUAACUCCUAACAUACGUUAUAUCACCACACCAUAAGACUAUAUCCAAAAUGGUCGGCUUUGACAUGCGCGGUUUGACCCCUGCUCCAGUGACACCGUUCACUGAAUCAGGAGACGUCGAUUAUGAGGCCAUCCAACGCUUGGGUGGCUGGCUUGGUAGCAUCGAUGGUGUGAAAGGCCUGGUUGUGUUGGGCCACGCAGGAGAAGGAACCUUCCUCACAGCCGAGGAGCAAAUAUCAGUCAUCAAGGCAUUCGUCCAGUCCGUCGACAACAAGAUCCCCAUUAUUGCAGGAAUCACAGGAGAGGGUACCGAGGUGGCCGCACUUGAAGCGAAGCGCGCAAAGGACGCUGGUGCUGCGGCUGGUCUCCUCUACCCAUCUCAUGGAUGGUUGCGCUUUGGAUACCAGGAUGGCGCUCCCCAGGAUCGCUAUCGACGAGUCUACGAAGUCAGCCAGCUUCCCUUGAUCCUCUUCCAGUACCCAGACAACACAAAAGCCACCUACAGCCUGAAGACGAUGCUCGACAUUUCAGCUCAACCCGGUGUCUUUGCCAUGAAGAACGGUGUCCGCAACAUGCGCCGCUGGGAUACGGAGAUUCCGGUGAUUCGUCGCGAGCGGCCCGAACUCCAGGUCUUGAGUUGCCACGACGAGUAUCUCUUGCAUACCUCAUUCGAUGUGGACGGUUUCCUUGUCGGUUAUGGUAAUAUCGCCCCGGAACCGUUGAUUGAGUUGAUCAAGGCUGGGAAAGCCAAGGAUUACAAGAAGGCUCGCGAAAUCCAUGAUCAGCUCCUACCCGUCACGAAGAGUGUCUAUCACCGGGGGUCGCAUAUGGAGGGCACGGUCGCCCUCAAACACGCUCUUGUUGCUCGCGGUAUUCUUAAGCAUGCUACCGUUCGAUCACCUCUUUUGCCUCUUGAGCCUGGUGCAGAACAGGAAAUUCAUGCAGCGAUUGGUGCUGCUAGCCUCAGCAGAGUUGCAUAG